GUCGAUUUCUUUCCUCGGCAGUCUUGAUUUUGACCUCGAAUUUGAAAAUUUAUAAGUUAUAACCUAACAAGUAAUCUUCAAUACUAAACUCUUGUUUAUCUUAUUGUUGAUCCAAAUUAAACACACACAACUAAAAAAAAGGAAAAGCAUAGGAGAUGUAUGGGCAAUCUGAGUGGGGAUGCCGGCUAAUCGGGAAUCUGACCCACACAGUGGAUUGGUUUCAUCUGCGAUUUUCUGACACAGAUGGUGGAGGGCACGUGAAUUCCAUAACCCUCACCUCUGUUUGUAUUCUACGUAUCGUAUGGGGCUUUCCACCUCCGCCCCCUUACGAUCUCCAAACGCUGCCCUGUUACAUACCCCCCAUAUGGGUGCUCUGCUCAAUAAUAUAGACAUUUAUCUAUAUAUAGAAUUAUAUAUCUAUAUGAGGAUAAGAACAGAACCCACUUUCCAAUUUUUUAAUCCAAACUGACUAUGUUAUGUAUAAUUAUAUUUUUACCCUUUUGUGACAGCGAAUCGAAAUCCCAGUUUAUGCUAUUUUUAGUGGGAUCAACUGCCUACAUUAGCUAUGUUUGGAAACAAAACCACCACUCUGGAUUGCCUUCUUCUUAGUCCCCAGUUUUCUUCCCCUACCCCUCUAUCUCCAUAUAUUAUAUAUAUAUAUAAUCUUGGAGAAUGAUCAAUAACUUUAUAAGGGUAUGCUCAUGAGUAGAGAGUACUGUUGGUGUGGUCCCUUUUCUUGCUUCGAGUGUUGGUGAGAAGGAUUCGGUGAUCGAGGUUUUGGGAAAAUUGGAAUUGAGGUUAUCUAUGGUGGAAUUGCUUUCUAGUGGCCAACUUGACUGUCCUGUUUUUCGAGUUCUUCAAGUAGUCUCAGCAUCACUAGCACAAGAUUUGAUUUGAGUUUGGUGGGUUUGGCCUCUUCAGCUGAAAAGGGUCAGAGCUUCAAUCUCUUUCACUUUUGGGUUAAAAUGUCAUCCUCGAGACCUAACCAGUCUUCCAGCACUUCUGGCCGAUCAAGACACAGUUCUAUAGUUAUUGCACAGACCAAUGUAGAUGCAAAGCUCCAUGCAGAUUUUGAGGAGUCGGGGAGCUCCUUUGACUACUCGAGCUCAGUGCGUCUUACCGAAGCAGUCAGCGGAGAUCCACAACCACGAUCUGACAAACUAACCACAGCUUACCUCCACAACAUACAGAAAGGCAAGCUGAUCCAGCCAUUUGGGUGCUUGUUAGCACUAGAUGAGAAAACUUUUAAAGUGAUUGCCUACAGUGAGAAUGCUCCUGAAAUGCUAACAAUGAUUAGUCAUGCUGUUCCAAGCGUUGGAGACCAUCCAGUUUUUGGCAUUGGAACUGAUGUGAGGACUAUCUUUACUGGCCCCAGUGCUGCUGCAUUGCAAAAGGCUUUGGGAUUUGGGGAGGUUUCUCUUCUGAAUCCCAUUUUAGUCCAUUGCAAAACUUCUGGAAAGCCAUUUUAUGCCAUUGUCCACAGGGUAACAGGUAGCUUGAUCAUUGACUUUGAGCCCGUUAAGCCUUAUGAGGUCCCCAUGACUGCUGCUGGGGCUUUGCAAUCAUACAAGCUUGCAGCCAAAGCAAUUAACCGGUUGCAGACUUUGUCUAGUGGAAGCAUGGAAAGGCUUUGUGAUACCAUGGUUCAGGAGGUUUUUGAACUUACUGGAUAUGAUAGGGUGAUGGCUUAUAAAUUUCAUGAUGAUGAUCAUGGCGAGGUUGUGUCUGAGCUUACAAAGCCAGGCCUUGAGCCUUAUCUAGGCCUGCACUAUCCAGCUACAGACAUCCCUCAGGCUGCACGCUUUCUAUUUAUGAAGAAUAAGGUGCGUAUGAUCUGUGACUGUAAUGCAAAAAAUGUGAAGGUGCUCCAAGAUGAGAAGCUUCCAUUUGAUCUAACAUUGUGUGGUUCGACCCUCAGAGCUCCACAUAGUUGCCACUUGCUAUAUAUGGAGAACAUGAAUUCCAUAGCUUCUCUUGUUAUGGCAGUUGUAGUAAAUGAGGAGGAUGAAACAGGUGAUAGCUCUGAUGCUGCUCAAGCACAAAAAAAAAAGAGGCUUUGGGGUUUAGUGGUGUGCCAUAACACAACUCCGAGGUUUGUUCCCUUCCCUCUGCGGUAUGCCUGUGAAUUUCUUGCUCAAGUGUUUGCCAUCCAUGUCAGUAAGGAGUUAGAAUUGGAAAAUCAGAUUAUUGAGAAGAAUAUUUUGCGUACUCAGACACUCUUGUGUGAUAUGUUGAUGCGAGAUGCACCCCUAGGUAUUGUGUCACAGAGCCCAAACAUAAUGGAUCUUGUGAAAUGUGAUGGGGCUGCUUUGUUUUACAAAAAUAAGAUAUAUAGACUUGGAGUAACACCGAUUGACUUCCAUUUGCAAGAUAUAGUCUCUUGGCUCUCUGAAUUUCAUAUGGACUCUACCGGUUUGAGUACAGAUAGCUUGUAUGAUGCAGGUUACCCUGGGGCCCUUGUUCUUGGUGGUGUAGUAUGUGGGAUGGCAGCUGUGAGGAUAAAUUCCAAAGACAUGCUUUUCUGGUUCAGGUCCCACACUGCUGCAGACAUUCGAUGGGGAGGAGCGAAGCAUGAACCAGGUGAGAAGGAUGAUGGUAGGAAGAUGCAUCCGAGAUCCUCAUUCAAAGCUUUCCUUGAAGUUGUUAAGACGAGGAGUUUGCCUUGGAAGGACUAUGAGAUGGAUGCAAUCCACUCUUUGCAGCUUAUCCUGAGAAAUGCUUUCAAGGAUGCAGAGGCCAUCGAUUUAAAUGCCGAUGCCAUCCAUAAGCAGCUCAAUGACCUGAAGAUUGCAGGGAUGCAAGAACUGAAAGCAGUGACAGGUGAGAUGGUUCGUUUGAUUGAAACAGCGACAGCCCCAAUCUUAGCAGUUGAUGUAGAUGGGCUGGUUAAUGGAUGGAAUACAAAAAUUGCUGAGUUAACCGGUCUUCCGAUUGAUAAAGCACUUGGUAGGCAUUUGCUAACCCUUGUGGAAGAUUCAUCAGCUGACAUAGUCAAGAAGAUGUUGCACUUGGCAAUACAAGGCAAAGAGGAGCAAAAUAUUCAAUUUGAGAUAAAAACACAUGGUUCUAGGAGUGACUCUGGUCCCAUCAGCUUACUUGUAAAUGCAUGUGCAAGCAAGGAUGUUCAAGAGAAUGUUGUGGGGGUGUGUUUUGUGGCACAAGAUAUUACUGGCCAGAAGAAUGUCAUGGACAAAUUCACCCGGAUUGAAGGUGAUUACAAAGCUAUUGUACAGAACCCGAAUCCGUUGAUUCCCCCAAUAUUUGGCACCGAUGAAUUUGGAUGGUGUUCUGAGUGGAAUGCAGCAAUGAAAAAAUUAUCUGGAUGGGAUAGAGAGGAGGUUAUUGAUAAAAUGCUUUUGGGGGAGGUUUUUGGGAUCAACACAGCAUACUGUCGUCUCAAGAAUCGAGAGGCUUUUGUAAAUCUUGGUAUUGUACUUAACAAUGCUAUGACUGGUCAGGAGUCUGAAAAGAUUUCAUUUGGUUUCUUUGCACGUAAUGGAAAGUACAUAGAAUGCCUGCUCUGUGUGAGCAAGAAACUGGAUGGAGAAGGUGCAGUCACUGGAGUUUUUUGCUUCUUGCAGCUGGCAAGUCUAGAGCUGCAACAAGCACUUCAUGUUCAGCGCUUAUCAGAGCAGACAGCAUUGAAGAGAUUGAAAGCAUUAUCUUACAUAAGACGGCAGAUCAGAAACCCUCUCUCGGGGAUAAUAUUUUCUCGGAAGAUGAUGGAGGGAACUGACUUAGGAGAAGAACAGAAACAGCUUCUGCAUACUAGUGCCCAGUGCCAACGUCAGAUCAACAAAAUUCUUGAUGAUGUAGACCUUGAUAGCAUCAUUGACGGGUACUUGGAUCUGGAAAUGGUUGAGUUUACGCUGCAAGAAGUUGUUGGUGCCUCCAUUAGUCAAGUUAUGACAAGGAGCAAUGGAAAGGGUAUCCAAAUAGUCAAUGAUAUGGCAGAAGAGAUCAUGUCUGAAACCUUAUAUGGAGACAGUCUGAGGCUUCAACAGGUCCUAGCUGAUUUCUUACUGAUAUCGGUUAAUUACAUGUCUAAUGGAGGUCAGCUUGGCAUUGCGGCUAGUCUGGCCAAAGAUCAUUUGGGAGAAUCAGUUCAGCUUGCACAUGCAGAAUUCAGGAUUACACAUGCAGGAGGUGGGGUACCGGAAGAAUUGUUGAGCCAAAUGUUCGGAAGUGAUGGAGAUACGGACGAGGAGGGUAUCAGCCUGCUUAUCAGCCGAAAACUGGUGAAGCUCAUGAAUGGAGAUGUUCAGUAUUUGAGGGAAGCGGGCAAAUCAACUUUCAUCGUAUCUGUUGAACUUGCUGCAACCAAUAAGUCCAGGCCCUGAAUGAUUACCAAAGGAAAAUGAUGCACUGACUCGUGAGCUUCUCUGUACAGUGUUGUAGGGCUGCAAGUUUACCUCUCUACUCAUUUUGUCAUUCGGCCAUUUCAGCAUGUUGUUGUUGUUGUUGUUGUUGUUGUUUUGUUUUCAUCAUAUGGAUAUUUUUUUUAUCUCAAUUCCAAUGACCAUCUCUGAUUUGUUCGGUUUU